UGUGCAGCAACUUCCCCGGUCAUUACCGAUGUGAAGCCUCUCCCCUCAGCCGGGGCCAGUGGCUGCUGAACAAGUGCGCUGUGAACCCGCCCAUGUCAUGUUUAUGGAUCAGCCGCGUCUCCCCGGGCCUGGCUGACAGUCAGCGGCAGCAUCAGAUUAGUAGGGCUAUGGCGUCUCAGCGCCGACACGCCAUGCAUGUCACCGGGACGGCGCUGCGCUCUCCUCGCUGUUAACGGGGAUCAGACGUGACGAUGGAGGACGAGGAUAACCGCGCGGCGUUCAGCAACAUCCAGGCGGGCAUGAAGCGGGGAGGGGACGGAGGGGACGGAGCGGAGAGCGGGGCUUGCAUAGACAGGCAGCCGGACGCGGUGGUCCACCAGGCGGGGCUGAGCCAGACUGCGGGUCGUCACUCCGCCACCGGGAUCCGGGUGCUGAAGCGCAACAUGAAGCGGAACGGGAGUCGAAGUUGUGUGACAAGAAAGACCAGAUUUGGAUCGCGAGAGCGGGACUGGCUGAAGGGGGACACCCAGCGGGGCUGUGUGUGCCUUUACGGGGGUGCAGUGGACCCCCAGCCGCCUGCCUCUGGCCCACAGGCCACCUCCAACCCUCAGGCAGACCUACAGUUGGUGCUCUGCUCCACCAGUACCACAGUGGAGGACCUAUGUGCUCAGAGGGAUGGACAGGGACUCUACAUACAGCUGCACGGAGACCUUGUCAGGAGACUGGACCCCUCUGAAUGUCCACUCCAGAUGGUGUACGACUACCUGACGUCCAUGGGCUACACUGACCCGGUGCGAGUGCAGCACGAAGCCGCCAACUCAGACCUCAGCUGUUUGAUCCGCUUCUACAGUGAGCGUCCCGUGAAUGCAGACCAGCAGGAGCGGACCCUGUUGAAGGGCGUGUUCAACGUCAGGAAGGGCAAGACGCAGCUGCACAAGUGGGCGGAGCGCCAGGUCAUUCUCUGUGGCACCUGCUUAAUAGUGGCGUCCGUGAAAGACAGCCUGACUGGGAAGAUGCACAUCCUGCCCCUGGUGGGGGGAAAGGUUGAAGAGGUGAAGCGGAGGCAGCACUGUCUGAUGUUCAGCUCGGCCGGCUCACAGGCCCAGACUUACUUUGUCAACUUCGACACGCUCGCAGACUAUCAGCGGUGGCACCGGCAAGCGUCAAAAGUGGUGUCUCAGACCGUAAGUGUGGUGGACCUGUCCUGCUAUAGCCUGGAAACGGUGCCUGAAUAUUUGUUUUACUGUCAGGAUAUCACCCACCUCAACCUGCGUCACAACUUCAUGAACCUACAGGGGCCCGGAGGUCCACUCAACCUCCCCAGGUUUUCCCAGAUGAAAAGCCUGAACUUAUCUCACAACCGGCUGGGCACGUUUCCCGAGUGUGUGUGCGAGAUCCUCACACUGACAGAGCUCAACCUCUCCUGUAACAGUCUCCACACCGUCCCCGUGCAGAUCGGCAACCUUCUGAGCCUGCAGACGCUGUCUUUGGAUGGAAACCACCUCAGCUGCCUGCCUGAAGAGCUGGGUGGCCUGCUUCAGCUCAACAGCCUGGGACUCUCCUUCAACAACUUCUCUCACAUCCCUGCUGUGCUGGAGCGAUUGAGUGCUGUCGAUAAGCUUGCUAUGGCUGGGAACAGAGUGGAGAGCAUGGAGGUGUGCUCCUUGCUCAGAAUGAGCCACCUACGGAGCAUCGACCUCAGGUUGAAUGGGCUUCGGUGGGUUAAAAGCGAGAGUCCAGAGCCAGUGAGCCAUGUGACCCAGCUGGACUUGCGGGAUAACUGCUUGGCUUCGCUAGACCUGAGCUCCAUCUGCAACCUGGAGACUCUGCACUGCCAAAGAAACCAGCUGGGAACGCUCACACUCAGCGGUUUCACAUUGCGCAUGCUUCACGCCAGCAGCAACCGCCUCACAACAGUCAACGUCUAUCCGGUCCCUAACCAGCUGGCACACAUGGACGUCUCACAGAACCUCUUGGAGUACCUUCCAGAUUGGGUGUGUGACUGCAGAAAAAUUGAGAUGCUGGAUGUAACACACAACCUCCUCUCUGAGCUUCCCUCCAGACUGCUCAACAGCAUGAGUUUGAGGAAGCUGCUGGUGGGGAACAAUCGUUUGCAGAAACUGCCUGACCUUCUGGACCACGUCCCUCUGGAAGGUCUAGACCUCCAGCACAACAAGCUCGCAGAGCUUCCUGAGAGUCUCUUUUACAAGGCCUUAAACCUAAAACACUUGAAUGUGUCAGCAAACGCCCUGGAAAGUAUUCCUCCGAGCAGCCAAUCAGAGGAGAGCCUCAGCACGGUGCAGGAGCUCUACCUGUCGGGGAACAACCUGAACGAGAACAGUUGCGCUCUGUUGGUCGGACACCAGAACCUGCGUGUCCUUCACAUCGCCUACAACCAACUGCUCACGUUUCCUGCCAGUAAGCUAAGUAAACUGGAACUGCUAGAGGAGCUAAAUUUGAGUGGCAACAAGCUGAAGACGAUCCCCUCCACUGUGUCCAGCUGCAAGAGACUGCACACCCUCAUUGCACACUCAAAUCACAUAGCUGUCUUCCCAGAGAUCCUCAACCUGCCUGAGAUCAAGCUUGUAGAUCUAAGUUGCAAUGAGCUGACGGAGAUCGAGCUGCCUGAGUCGCUGCCUCCCACGCUGCAAGAGCUGGACCUGACGGGCAACAGCAGCCUCGUGUUGGAACACAAAACCCUCAACCUCUUCAGUCACAUAACCACACUGAAAUUAGACCAGAAAUCUACUACAACAUCCGGAGACUCCUCAAGUUCCUCGACUCCGUGGACCCACGGUUACACUGAAAUGACCGGCCAAAGGAACAAACUGUGCGUGUCUGUGCUGGCCGUAGACCACUUCAGGGACAGUGUGGAAGCUUGCUAUGGCAUCUUUGAUGGAGACCGCAAUGAGGAAGUGCCUCGGCUCUUGCAGUGCACCAUGGGAGAUGUGCUGUGUGAGGAACUGCAGCACUCCAGUAUUGACAAUGUGUAUAUGUGCAACACUUUCCUCACCUCACACAGGAAACUUGGUAUGGCUGGUCAGAAACUGGGAGCCUCUGCCUUGCUGUGUUACAUCCACCGCGAAGCUGCAGAUCCUGGAGGUUCCUUCAGCCUUACUGUGGCCAAUGUGGGUACCUGCCAGGCUGUGCUGUGCCGGGACGGGAGACCUGUGGAGCUGUCCAACAUUUACAGCUUGGAGAACUGCACUGAGGAGAUGGAAAGGGUUAAACUCAGUAAAGCCAUUAUUACAGAGGAUAACAAAGUGAGUGGAGUGACAUGCUGCUCCCGCCUGUUGGGCUGCUCUUAUCUGUCCCCCUGGGUGCUUCCCAAGCCCUGGGUCCACACUGAGCCGCUCUGUUCAAAGGAUGAGUUCUUGAUCCUGGGGAAUCGAGCCCUCUUUGAGCGGGUGUCAUACCUAGAGGCCGUGUGCACUGUGCAGGCUGUGCGGGAUCCGUGCGCCGCUGCCAAGAAACUGUGCUCACUCGCCCAGAGUUAUGGUUGCAAGGACAAUAUCGGAGCCGUCGUGGUAUCCCUACAUGUCGGGGAGGAUAAUUGCACUUGUGAACCACAAGUCUUGGCCACUGAACCCCGAGGUCCACCUCCUGCCCAUGUGCCUGUGUCUGUGACCCCAGGACCCAAUGACCCAGCCAGCCUGUCAUCCAGCAGUGGUGUCGUUACUGAGUUCAGCAGUGAGACGUCAGCGUCAGAGAUGGGCAGUGAGGCCGGAUCCACCGCCUCAGACGAACAUCCAAACUCUGCCUUGGUACCCCGCCCAGAGAGGCGCUGUAGCCUGCACCCCGCCACUCCACUGUGUGGGAUCAUGAUUCUAGGCUCAGCUGGGACAGGACCGCACCCCGGCCUGUUUCAGCGGCAGCCCUCAUGUGCUACAUUCUCCAGUAACCAAUCUGACAACGGUUUGGACAGUGACGAUGAAGCUCCGCUUGAAGGAGUUAUCUCUAACGGCAGCAAGUUAGAAGUGGAGGUAGACAUUCAUUGCUGCGCUUUCCAGCUCCGAUCAGGAGCCCCCGACAUUCCCAAAGACUCGGAACACGAAAAGCGAGGCUCUGACUAUCGCAAUGGCAAGACGCGCAGACAGAACAGCGUGGUGGUUUCUGCUACAAACGGCUGCCUGCUGGCUGUAUGCGGAAGAGAGAUUGCCGACCUUAAGAAGUCUCCUUCGGCCUCCAGCCUGUCUGGAAAGAAGCUGCCCAACGGAUCGGUGGUAGCGCCAGAGGACAGUCAUAAUCUCAUUGAGGUGGCCGUGGAGGCGCCUAAGAAAAAGUCUGGAUACUUCACCGCCCCAGCACAGCAGGAUCCAGAGGACCAGCUGAUUGUGCCUCCCAGUCUGGAGCAGGAAGUCAGGGAGCAGCUAAGAGGCCAGAGCCAUCUAGUCUCAGGCCUUUCUGCACCAUCCACACCCACUUCCUUAAAAGAUCCUGUGUGGGAUCACCCACACCCCCCUGCAUUUGCCCCCAACCUGGUCCCAGGCCCGGGCCCUGCUCCCAUCCUACAGCAGGAAGUCUAUGAUACUGCCCUUUAGACGGGGCAGUAUCACAGGACUGCCACAUGCAUUCUUCAUGUAGGAUAUUUCAAUGAAAGUUGCCAUUCAGAUCUUUUGCGAAGACAAGACAAACCUGUGGGACUUUGAUAGUCACUUAGUGAAACUGUGCCAUUAAUAGGAGGUAGAAAACAAAUAUGUAGUGCCCAAGAUCAGAGGGGCGGUCGAGAAUUCCAGUUCAUCAGAUGGUAUUAAAAAAAGGACAGCUAGUUUUUGAUGCACAUAAAGAAGGCUGACCUGAGAUGAGACACCGUGUGUGUUUGAGCAUGUCAGCAGCAUUCCCCUUUACUUGGAAAGUUCAGAAAAGCGGAGGGUGUGUGAGAUUUACGUGUCAAAUCUGCUCUCAAGGGGCUCCGUGAUCUCUCAGGUCCUGGAGAGAAGCAGAAUGACUGAAAGUUUAAAAAAAGUGCCUACUACAGAUGAUACAGCCAAGAGAUCCCCUCCAUCAAGGUUGCAUUUUAGGGACGUUAGCUUGUUCGUUAUAUUUGGAGUAGAAACAGUUUCUCCACAAAACCAAAACUGGCCAAAAUUCUGCUCCUUUCCUCUACUUUGGGCUACUUUGGACUAUUUAGAUCCUUCAAAGAGCUGAAACAUAUGAAGACAAAAUUACUGUAUUUCCUUCACUAGAAAAAAAUUUUGUUGGGGUUUAUUUUUAACAUUCCCAUACUUUAUGUAUCAUUUUCUUCUAUACCCUUCUGAACCGUGGAAUACACGCUCACAACUACUUGAGCUGCGUACUUUAAGCCUGCGUACUUCUAUUUGAUUAGAGCAGCGUCAUAUUAAAGCUAUUUCACUUUAGGAAGCUCAAUUGCUGUAGGUCUCAAAAAGUAAUAGUGCAUGUUAAAAACAAUUUCAUUAAAAACUACAUUAUUAUUUAAAUUCAGUCAGUUGUAUGGCCAUGGAAUGGAAAAAGGGGCAUGGGGAUGUUUGGCUAUCAUGUACAUUUCAAAAUAUAUCAAAAUAUACCAGUCAGGAGGAGUAUUUAUGUCUUGAAAUGUCCCAGUCUAUUUGGGGAUUACAUAUUUAACACACUUUGGAGGCUGCUACACUUUGACAUUUUUUAAUUAUCAGUCCAUGUUAGUGUGUUAGGUGUAGACAUUCAGACCAACUGUAUAUCCCUAGCAGAUACUCACAUUUGACUCCUGGCAAACAUUCUUUAUUUUCAGGAUUUUGCUUGUUUUCCCAGACGUUUGACCUCAAAGCUGCCUUACCUAUGAAACCAUGACCAGCUGGCUUGUGUUAGGAAAUGUUAGGGCAUGCUGUAAGCAUGUUUGCCCAGUAACUUUAACUGAACAUAUGCCACUACAAUGAAGAAAGUAAGUGAGAGUUUAAGAGACACAGCAGAGAUGAAGAGAGGCAUGAUUUAAUGAAGGACCUGCGACUCGGUCACUUCACUAAUUGGUGAUUUGACUUGAUGGAAAUACGAUUCGAAUGAGUUGGGAAUGAAUCAGAGCGAAUAUCUGGUGAAGAGAAUUAAAAAAAAAAUCAAUUUUAAAAUGUUUUCUCCCUCUAAGGGCAUUUACUUAGUGAUGUUUUUACAUCUCCCAAAUCUUAACUGAGCGCUGUAACGUGCAUCCUCAUCCAGGCAGGCGAUGUUCAUGGUGUGCUGUUUUGGAUCAUUUCAGUUAGCGCUAUAACACCGUCUGUGCGCAUGAGGUGUCACAAAAUUAGUAAUGUCACAAACAAAAGAGCUCAGCUUUACAUGGUAAAUACUGCAUGUAAACAUGCGCACAGCAGCAUCAGUUCAAAGUACAGUCAUAACACACCGGUUUAGUCUUUUUUGCCAUAUGCAUCGCUAUCAUUAGAUUGUUUUUAACAUAAACAGUUGAUCAUUCAAUGACUAUAUCUUCUAAAUGAUGAGAUAAAUAAAUGAUGUAGCCCCGGUAACCAGUUUCCCCCCAUCCUGACCCCUCCCCCCACCUUGUGCCAUAAGAAGGGGCAGCUCUGCUGCUGUGAUCAUAAGUAGGCCAAAGCUGAGUAAUUGCUGUUGUCAGUAAUUACUAUAUCAGAAGUAUAUUUUUUACUUGCCACCCCAAGUGGUGCAGUUCUGGGAUUACACAGCUGUUGCAUAGCUGGGCCUUCCCUUUCGCCUUAAAGUACCACACAGUAUUUUUUUAAAUAAAACAAGCCUUUCGAAUCGUCCCAUACAUGUUCUGUUGACGAGCGAGCGCUAUCGUUGUUUGCUCCACACGAAUAGAAGCGAGGAGUCAGUGAGGAAGCCUUAUACUCUUGUUUCUAUGUUUCUGUCACUUGAAAAGGUGAAACACUGUUAAAAGCACUUUGUACAUAGGAAAUAUGGAAAUUCAUAUAUUUAUACUGUCAUAUGUUUGCGUUAAUGUAUGACCAACUGAUCUACAUGGCGUGUUUGGAUUAUUGUGGCUUCCCUCAGCCCCACAUCAUCUCUCGUCUGAAAAAUACACCAACAAUGGGAAUUAGAACAAUGUAAAAGUAUGUAAUGGCAAUUUAUUUUAUUUUUGGUGCUUUUUGUUUUUUAAUGUGACAGACAUUACUCGUCUAAUUUAACUUCUGUUUGUUUAAAAUUCUGCACAGCAUCUUAAUUCAUGUAUAAAUAUUCAAUAUCAAAUCCCACAAUCAACAUAAUAUGCAUUUUUUAAGUAUUUUAUCACUAACUCUCAACAUUACUCUUACGCUAUAUGGAUGAAUUACCAGGUUGAACAUGAAACAAUGCAGUUUGAUAGUUGACAUCCAGUACUGAUACUUAGUUAAAAUGUUGUGUCAACUAAUUCUUAAGUAUCGGCCUCCUGAAAACAGUUUUUUAAAAAAUGUCUCCAUAAUACUUAUAUGAGAAUGGAAGUCUAAAGUAUUAAUUGUACAUACUGAUAUAGUCACCGUUGUUAUUCAGAAUAAUUUAAGCAGAUUUAUGUUUAUUUUUCUUUCAUACAUUUAAAACAGGAGGCCACUUUAAUAUGUCUGAUAAUAGCAACAAGAAAUAUUGAUGCUACUGAUGUAGUUCAAGGCACUUUAUUGCCCACUUUCUGGGAUGCCAAACGGAUGAGACUCGGUGACGCUGACCUCCGUGACGUGAGAACCCGUUGAGACUGAAGCUAGUGAAACGUUGACGAGCACCAUGGGUGUGCCUGCAGAUGGAGCAAAGUCAGGUUAUUAUGGAUGAAUAACAUUGGUACAUAUCGGAAAUGUUUAGCAAGUGCACAGGGGAGAGAUCGGACUUAUCAUUAAGGUCUCAUACUCAAGAUGGUGAUGUCCACAGCAGAUCUUGAGUGCCCUUGUAAAAUAUGCAAAAAGUGUUAACUGUAAAUAUAAAUGUAAAUCAAUGUCAUUUUAGCACCCAAAAGUACAAAAAUCCUCUUUCUUGUUGUUGCUGAAAAUAAAAUAUUGACUGGUGGGUGUAUGUAUAUGUAGUUGGAUUGUGUCUAUAAGUUGCAUUUCGAUUUUUUUUCUUCCUUUUUUUUGUUGUUAUUGUUGUUGUUGUAAAUAUGUCCUGUCUUCUGAUUCAUUGUCCGUGUUGUGCUUUUCAAACCAAUGGGCUCAAUUUUUGACACUAUUUCCUCCCUAUAAAUUGUAUGUGUCUCCCUGUUGAUGCUUUAUAUUCAUCUAGUGUCCUUUGCGAUGCACAUGUUUGACUUGACAUUUAUUUAAAUAACCCUUAAUCAUUACACAGGUCAGUGAACGUGGCAAGACUGUAUGUGAAAAUACAAAAAAAAAAAAUGAAAGAAAAGGGGAAUAUGGGGGUGUGUGGAUUUGCUUAAAAUAUUUUUCUCUUGUAAGACAAGGAGUCUUGAACAAUACUCGUUAAUCCAUUUUUACACCAAAGUGGAGGGAAUGCACAUCAGAGUUGAGUACAGUUAUUUUUCUGCAUUACUCAUUCAUUCAUUUUAAGUGAUUCUUUUCUCUUUUGCACAACUUAACAAGCUCCCUGUAUAACAAUACUGCAAAAUGUCUCUAUCUGUAUAGAGCGUUCUCGCACACAUACAGUAGGUGUAUGCAUGCCCGUGUGAACAAUGGAUUGACUGUAAUCCUGUGUGAAUAGUGAAUGAAACUGAUCAGACGCUCUAGUUGUUUAACAUGUGACCAAAGUAACCAUUGUUUAAUCUCACAACUCAUUUCUUUAUAUUAUUUAUAGAAAAUGCUUGAAUAUUUUUUUCCUCAAUGCCAAGAAGCUGAUGUUUAUUUUUGUACUUCAUUAAAUCAUGCAAAUUUGUAUUCCCCUCUACACUGCUGAAUUUAAAGUGACUGGAAUUCAACAGAAAACUUGUCAUUCGACUGUUGAGGGAUCUUACUGUAAUUGUAUUUAAUGUUCAACGCAUGCCUGAAAUAUAAAUCAACAUAAAAAUAGAGAACAUCCAAUAUGUGAUUUAUUUGUACAAAAUGGAGUGUAUCCAUUAUUUUUAGGUUUUUAUUCCAGCAUGCAGAAUACUGCAAUUUCUUUUCGUUUAUUAAUCCGUAGAAGAUUUAUUAUUUAGGAGCUUAACUUACAAUGAGCACUUUUUCAGAAAGAAUCACACUCCUUGAACCUUCCCCGAAGUGGAAGAUGGGCGUUAUUUUUUAUUUUAAAUGCUGCUAUCCUUAGUUUUCAGCAAAUGUGUUGUUUUUUUUAUUAACUUUAAGCCAAGUAGCAAUAAAACUUUCUACUGUGA